GCACGGAACUGGUGCGAGGCAGAGGGGGUGUACUAGUAGUUAGGGCAAAAAAAAGUUGACAAAACAGAACUUGCCAUCCUGUGUAAUUUCAAUUAAAAAAAACAUACAUUUUUACUGUUUUUGGAUUUUAUUUUCAACGCUGCCAAGAUGACCAUGGCAGUGGUUUCGCCAUUCGACUUCAGCGAAGUAAUGAACAAGAAGAACAAGAUGCUGAACUACAACAACAACAUACUGAGCCCCCCCCAUCAUGCCAUGUCCACCCCCACCGGAGCCCUGCUGGACAGGGACAGGAAGGCUGUGGGGACCCCCUCGCUGGGCAGAGGGGUGUCUGUGUACCACUCGGUCACCCUUCCCAACCACAACCCCAGCUCCAAGUUCCACCAGAACCAGUUCCUCAACAGCCUGAAGAUAUCAGACCCCUGCUCCGUCACCUCCGGGUUAAUCAGUGGCAGCAACAAGGAGAACCGCAUGAGAGACCGCUCCUUCUCUGAGACAGGCGAGAGGCUCCUACAGAAGUGCCUGGGGCCGGCUAGUCCUACCAGCCUGGGAUGCAACAGCCAGAGCCAGCAGCAGAGCCAGGUCAACUCCAGCCGCUACAAGACGGAGCUGUGCCGCCCGUUCGAGGAGAACGGAGCCUGCAAGUACGGCGACAAGUGUCAGUUCGCCCACGGCAUCCACGAGCUGCGUUCUCUCAGCCGCCACCCUAAAUACAAAACCGAGCUGUGUCGCACCUUCCACACCAUCGGAUUCUGCCCCUACGGUCCCCGCUGUCACUUCAUCCACAACGCAGAGGAGCGCCGUGGACCCCCUCCCGGAUCCUCCUUCUCCCCGCUCUCCUCCAAUAAGCUGGAGCGUCCCCGUCUGCAGCACAGUUACAGCUUCGCAGGGUUCCCCAGCUCCGGAGGUCUGAGAGGAGAGGACAGCCUCACCCCUACACCCAUGUUCUCCCCAGAAGAGAUGCCUGAGUGGCCAAGCUGCAACCCCUUCACAUAUUCCAGCCAGGAGCUGGCCAACCUCUUUGGCCCCAGCCUGGGAUCCGGCGGCCCCGCGGGGACCGAACCCAACACCCCUGCACCCCUGUCUCCGACCAACACCCCCUACUUCUUUAGGCCCAUGUCGGAGUCCCCCACCCAGAUGUUUGAGUCUCCGUCCAGCCCUCCACAGGACUCCCUGUCAGACCAGGAGGGGUAUCAGAGCAGCUCAGGGGGCAGUCUCAGCGGGUCAGAGUCCCCCAGCCUGGACGCCAACAGACGCCUCCCCAUCUUUAGCCGCCUCUCUGUCUCUGAUGACUAGACUGCUCCUAAUUCAUGUAUGUUAUCUGUCGUCUCCCAGAAAGAGAAAAUGAAUGGAAAAUGGCACUCCCCUCUACCAUGUUCCCCUACCCCUUUCCUCCACAAAACAAUAUCAAUUUAGUUCCUAGUUUGAAUGAUCUAAGGAUAAAGUGACUUAAUUAAGGGAACUUGUUUUCAAAUCACCCCAGAUAUCUCUUCCCUGCUGUUUACUCCACUCCCCUCAUAGAGCCUACCCCGUCUUCUGGCAUAGUGCCAAAACGGGAGAGGAAAUGAAUGAACAAUGAGAAUGAUGGUGUGAGAAAAGAAAAAGAGAUUGUUAGACUGUUGUUUUGCCAGGUGCCACCUGUCUUUCUGUUCUUGAACACUUAGCAGUGCUAGUGGGCCUUUGGCACGGGGAGUGUAUCAUCGCACCACACGCCCCACUCUUCCACCGCCAUCCUCUGACGUUACCACCUCUCAAGCUCACUUCCCUGGUCUACUCUGUGCUGAGCUAGCUGGAGGGUGCUCAUUAACACACCCUGUCCUCAGAUCAACCCCAGCUGUUUUUACUAUAGACUUUGAGCAACAACAAAAAAUACAUAAACUGAAAUGAUAUGAAUAGUUUUAAAACAAAGUGCCUGGAGCAGUUGGUUUGUGCGUAGCAUGUGCGAGAGUUGGAUGGACUACUGUCUGAGGGUUUCGAUUCUUUCAACGUCAACUUGUCCCGUCAUAGUUCUUCUCAAGCGUUCUUUGUUGAGUGUCAUUUUCUGUAAUAGCGGAGCAGGACAGAGUCUGUAUGCAGGAAGUGACUGACAGACACAGGAAGUGUUGCUGGUCACUGGCGGUUGUUUCUGGGAAGGAAGGACGUCUUUAAUGUCUAACUGGUUAUUAAACCUUGAAGACGAUUUGGUUUCUGUCCAGCCCGCCUCCGUCCAUGCUGUUCUGCAGGCAGCAGGGAAUUCCAGCAUUCCCAUGGUGCAGUUCUUCUACUUCCUGCAACUUGAGAUGGGAUCUCUAAGCUAUCUUAUUUUUCCUCUUCCCUUAUAGAAUCAGACUCUGGCUCUGAGGAGCAGCUGUCAUGACAUCUCCCUGCUUCUUUCUAUGGUUUUUGAUUUAUCCAUUUUUUAAAUUGUUAUUAUUAUAGUUUGUUUUUAAAACUUUCCGAGCAUCGGUGCUUGUCACUGCUUAUUUAACUUAUCGAAACAUAUUUAUUGGUGAUCAUAUGCAUUUAGUUUUUUUUUUGUUAAUUUUGUAUUUAUCUGGAUAAUGAACAAUAGAAUAUAUUUUCUUUUUAUGUUAAGUUAUGAUCUUCGGUAUUAAUCUAAAGAUUGUGAAGAUGUUUUGUCAGUUUCCCUCCCCACCCCCCCACAGUUUAAUAUAUUGUACUACAAUGACUGCAACAAUAUUUGUAACUACACUUUGUUAAAAUAAAACUUAAUUUAAAAAGCAACAAAAAAAAUACAGGAAAAAAAUGUCGCGUUUUGAUUAUUUAUUUGUAGACUUAAAAAACAAACAGUUUUCCCUAUUAUUGUUCUGCAAUUCUAGGGACAAAAUACUUGUUGCAUUAUCAUCCCGGAACUGUCCUAUCCUCCCUUACUCUUUAGAACGUUUUCUAUGACCGUAACAGUACUUUACUGUUAUUACUUUGUUCACUCAAUUCAGCUAUUUGUAUUCUUUUAAAUCACGCCAGCUUGGUUCCAUAUGGAGACCAAUCAGGAUUCUCUUUCAUAAUUAUGACUAAAGCGGUAAAACCAAGAGGUACAACACAUAAUGAUGAGUUAUCUCCAUGUUCACUAUCACAUCCUGAUUUGAGUGUCGGGUUUAAAGGAAGGUUAUGUCUGAAUGUUAUGGAAUACAGUUAACCAAGGAUUUAGAGGAAAAAUACUAUUUGUAUUACAAGCAAUAGCAGUGACCAAAUGGGUUGAGGAGAAGACAUUUGUAUUUUUGAUGGAUGUUUGAUUCACUUGCAUGGCCCCCAACUGUUAUAAAGUGCCUACUUUUGAAUACAUUCCAGGUAGCUAAAGUUUUAUAUUAAACGAUGGAAGAUGGUGAAAUUGUUUAAAUUCCUUGUUCCAUGUUUCCUUAAAGUUUUGAGCAAGGUUAAACAGGAUUAUUGACACAAAGAACGUAAAACUGUUGAAUGUAUUUUUCUCAGCCAUGGUUUUUCACUACAGUCAUUUCUAUGUGAGUUUAUAUUAGAAACUGAUUUCUCUUUUUGUAACUAUUGAUUGCAGUUAACCAAUAAACCCUGUAUUUUUGAAACAA